ACAAGAAUGAUAUCGUUUUUAGUGUGACGUGUUGGUUCAACUACAUUUGAUGGAAUGUCAACCUACAACAGACCAGAUAAAGAAUCAUUAACAGUGACAGACAGUGACUGGAUUCAGUUAGUUAAUGUAGCCGGUCGGGAGAGGUUUCACAAGUUUAUAUUCAGUGAUCAAGGCGAUUAUAUUGCGGACAUAUAUGAGAUCAUGAAUUUAUACUUCAGCUAGCUACGGUUGAGCCAUUACAAGUCUGUUGUGAUAUUGUCGUAAGGUGACAAGAUGAUUUGUUCGUUAAUGUGGAUUGUGUCUGUGAGUGGUGUACUCUUUGCGAGAGGUGAAUCAGGUUACAUGCAGGAUCCUUACAUUGUGUCUCCAGAGAGAGUCCAGUAUGGCUGUGAUGUCAACAUGACUUGCUACAUCAUGCCUGUGGCAAAGUACAUUAAGUACAUCUCCUUUACCUGGAGUGAGAAUGGUGAAAGGCUAAUCCAUGGAGGAAGAUAUGAGAUGAGGUCAGGGCCAGGGACGUUUACUAACAGAGUGUAUAGGUACUACACCAAUACCCUCACGGUUAGAGACACGAGGAAGAGUGAUGAAGGAAAGAGAUACAUGUGUCAGGUUGAAGUGGGAAUUGCAGCAGGGUCAGCUUCCUAUAAUACUGAGGAGUACCUACUUGGUACAACACAACCUGAAGUUCCUGAACUAACAGUGAAUGGAACAGCACACACAACUGUGAAAGACAAUCAAGUUGUCGUAUUCAGGUGUACAGUUGCGGGUUAUCCAUCCCAAGUUGUAUAUCUUAUUCAGGAAAGCAGCUUGGCAACAGUAAAUAUGUCCAGAAAACAAAAGAAUGUGUAUGAACAUGCUAUGGUUGUAAGGAAGUGUUCCCAACUUGGAGUGUACUUUUGUAGCACCAGAAGAGUUGCUGGCACAGUAGAAGAGAAACAACAUGCAGUUGUCUUGAACGGAAUGCCACAACAACAAGCAUCAAAUGUUUUUGUAACCUAUGGAAAACCUCCAUCAGUCACAAUCAGGCUUACACUGUGUUCAUACCCAGGACCUUCAAAAACAAAAUGGCGUUUCACACAGUCUGGAAAUCUAAGAGACAUCACUGACAUGACAAAGUAUCAUCUGGCAUCCAAGAAUAAAAAACACAAUGUGUUUGACUAUUCGCUUGUAAUUAAUAAUAUCGGCGAUGGAGACUUCGGGGCAUAUAUAUUCAGUGUCGAGUAUAAUGAGACAACAUUCGAUUUCUUCAUUCCUGCAUCCAAACCAUUAGGGGCGAGCCUUCCUCUUGUUGUUGGCUGUUCUGUUGGGGCUGUGAUUAUAACCAUCGUCGUAACUGCUGGUGUGAUACUUUCACGUCUCAAACAGUUCAGAGACUACUGGAAUUUACAGUUACGCCAAUCGUACAUCACACCAAUGCAAAAUGUGCCAGAAAAUAACGAAUAUCGGGGAUAUGCUGAAAUUGACGAUGCUGGUAUAUCUGAACAUGACACUGAUAACACUAUGCGUCCUGUUGUUACUAUCCCGGUUGGUGACAACACUCCAUCUGCAUCUGGUUCAAGACACGAGAGAGGAAUAGAAACUAUAGAACUAAGCUCAGGGAGAGUGGAUGGGGAUAAGGAUGGAGAAUAUGAAGAAGUGAGACCACUGCAGACUACCACCUGUGAGACAAGAGACGAAACGAGUGCUCAAAUACAGCAACACGACAACAUUGAGGAAGUCGUUAAAGUGAGAUAAUCAUGUCGUUGCCUGGCUCCAGCCCUCAUUCAGCAUCCAGUAUUGAUGUUACAGAUGUAUCGGUUGAUGGAAGAGAUUUUGGAAACAUGGUAGCAGGGAUUAUUGCUGUGUUUGCAGAAACAAGUUUUAUUACCCAUGAAGCUAAUGAAACAUUGAAUGCUCCUGUCAUUAAUGUUGGUAUGGAACAGUUACCUGCGACCAUGGAAAUGUAUUCUGAUAUGAAGAUGGAAACAAACAAUACAGUAGCAGAUGAGACCUUAAUGGAAGGAAGAGAGGAUGAUGCUGACAUUGCACCAGAUGGAUUAACUAACAACAUAUAUGAGUCUGAUGCCACACCCUCCUCUGGUUAGUUACACAGCUUUGGAAACUGUUGGUGAUAUAAUGUAUGAUUAGUACUUCGCAGUUCGGCGGAUCGGGUGGCCCAGUACUCUGAGGUGCCGCAAUUUUCACUAGAAACCUAUGGUAGUGGGUUCGAAUCCCGGUUCGCCCCGAUUAUGUUUCUAGGUAAAGCUGUGCUCGUGAGUGUCACCAAAGUUCCGAUGCCUAUAUCACUUCGGGCUUUCCUACCAUAUUAAGCUGAUAUAACUGAAAUACUGUUAAAAGGUGCAUUAAAAACAACUCAUUCAAUCUGCCUAUAAUUCAAAAUACGACGUUUUGAAAGUUGAGUACACUUUCAUACCUCAUUAAAUAAAUUGUCAUUGUAAAUAACUUAAAAUUGUGAAAUUGAUAAUGUUGCCCUGAUUAGAAUGUUGAAUAGUUGUGUGCCAUCACAUAAUUUCCAGAAUAAAAAGUUGUUUUGUAUGUAGCCAGGCAUCUCCAUAAAGUGAACUCUAAGAGCGGUAAGGCUUUGCUAGUUGUAUUAUAUAUGGUUCCAUGAAAAAAUGAUUUUUGUUUCCCUUUUUAGGAACUAGUUUUACAGUUGUAAUCCUGUUAAUAGUUAAUUUACCUUUGCUACUGGCAUCGGGUAUUCCUUCUGAUUACGGGACAUAAGCGGAUAAAACAACACCUUUCGAUAAGGAGGCUAUUUAGUUGCUUUUUGUACAUUACCCAUGUUCUAACGGUUAUUUUGAUAUGUUGAUUGACAUGAUACUAUUUGGAUUUGCUUAAGCAUCAUUUAUGUAAGUUACAUCUUUUGCAAAACUAAAUUCAAUAAACAUAUAUGCAACCACAUGAUUUCUUGAUAUGUACGUGUAUAGUUGUGUAAAUAUUUGUCACGCCUAGCUAUAGGGGUCUUUGCUCUGAACUUAAAACGCUUUGAUUAAUCAUACUUAUAUACAUAUGUUACAUGACUGUUCCGUUUAAUUCGUUUCCAAAGUAUGGCAUCAAUGUAGAACCGAGGUUGAAGUAUGUCACAGAUGUCGAGAUUAUCACCAAACGUUUACAUAUCAACUCUAAUUUGAGAAAAGUAUACUUGUUCACCGAAACCACAUGCAAGGAUUGCUUCUGGUAACUAUCAUACAGUAUGAAAAUAUAUUGUUUUUUAGAUCUCGAAAAUGUUUGAACGUAUGAAGAAGCAUUGAAAAUUAAGCAUCACAUUUGGUUGACUUGGUAAAAUGUAAUGGACCUCACACAAAAGUUUUGUUUGAUCGUACACAAAUGUCACACAAGGUCAUAAUGAUUUCAUAGUUGAGGUAAAAUGUUGCCUGUUGUGUUUGAGAGUGUUUGUUGUGUUUAAAGUACACUUAAUUAUUAUCCUCGAUUCAAAUAAAAUCAGUAACUGGCGUCAACAAGACGGCACUGUUCAUUGUAUCCUCAGUUGUGCUUUUUGCAUUUUAAGAAUAAAAUGUACAAAUACAUGUCUU